AUGGCAGAGCAACCACCGUACUACAUUCUUUAUGCCCACUCUUCUCUUCAGGCAACAUCGAAUCCUAGUUCAACUGCUUUGUCUCAUCCGGUUAUUGAGUACCGCUUCGCUGACGAUUCACCGCGCUCCUUGUUGCCUCGUCAUCCAGAUGAGCACGUCAUUGUGCUGCAGUACGAUACCUCGGCUACCAUAAAUCCGACACUGCAUAGCACGUCUAGUGUUCUCGCGGCAACUGCUGUCAAGUGCGUAGCUGCCCGUGGGGCAGGCGCCGACGACGAGAUCGCAAAGAAUGAAAAUAUGUAUAUUCUCGAUCUCACGUCACCCUCGGAUGACUCGUAA